GAUGGCCUCGAACUUGUGGCCACCCUGCCUGCGGCCCCUCCUGCCUGUGCAUUUCAAGCACUGGAUUGCAGGCGUGCACCAACACACCGGCUCCCGUAAACUAACUCCAGGAAAUCCCAGUUCAACACGGGCACCCUGCGGGCAGCCAGACAGCAAGCAAACCGUGAAUUAGAACCGUAAGUAUGUGAUCCAAAAGGAUUAUACAUUUGCUAUCCUGGUGUUCAGUGAAGAAAUAAAAUCCCUGAAAUGAAGAUUGUGAAGAAGGGCCAUUGAAUUAAAGAAGGCUUUUGGAUUUGUCACCAACAUCGUUAUCUGUAUUGAAGAUCAUGAUAGAAGAGAAGAUACCACGAAGCCUUCUUGUACCACUGGAUCUAGAUUAGAAUUUUUUAAAAGAAAGUUAAAAUUAUUUACUUUCGUUUUAGUGUUCCAAUUUUAUAACAUUUUUUUGUUUUGGUAUUAGGGACUGAAUAUGGGACUUUAUGAAUGUUAGAUAAACACUAUAUUCCUGAACUCUAUCCCCACAUUCUUUUCUCUAAGUAGACUCAGAGAGUAGAAAUUAAUUCAGUGCUAAGCUGCAGGAUAAACUAAUAUUCAUUCUGGUAUUUCCCCCUAUUUUUGUAUCUGAAAAGGAGUAGCUAACCAAGAGCCUUAGUCAUUCAUAAUGAAAUAUACCAAAUACAACUUUGCUAUGUCAGUUUUUGGCAUCAUAAUCUAUGUAACUGAUUUAGUUGCAGACAUCCUCCUGUCUGCUAGGUAUUUCCAUGACGGACAAUAUGUUUUUGGUGUUUUAACAUUAAGCUUUGUGCUUUGUGGAACACUCAUAAUCCAGUGUUUUAGCUAUUCGUGGUUGAAGGAUGACUUAAAGAAAACAAGACAAGAAAACGAGCAUUCUUUUCUUCUGCUCCAUUGCUUGCAAGGAGGAGUUUUUACAAGGUAUUGGUUUGCCUUGAGACGGGGCUACCAGGUGGUUUCCAAACCCAGCAGCAGAACGAGUGAUUUUACGGAGGAGCAAACGGACCCUCACAAGGAAGCUGUAGACAUGGCCACCGACUUGAGCAUGCUCAGGCUGUUUGAGGCCUACCUGGAAAGCUGCCCCCAGCUCAUUCUUCAGCUCUACGCCUUUCUGGAGCAGGGCCAGGCAACUUUAAGUCAGUAUGCGGUCAUCAUGGCUUCCUGCUGUGCUAUUUCUUGGUCAACAGUCGAUUAUCAAACAGCUUUAAGAAAAUCAUUACCCGAUAAAAAUCACCUCCGUGGACUCUGUCCCAAACUCACGUAUCUCUUUUACAAGCUGUUUACCUUGUUGUCGUGGAUGCUGAGUGUUGUGCUUCUGCUGUUGGUGGAUGUGAAAGUUGCUUUGUUUCUGCUGUCAUUUCUUUGGAUCAUAGGUUUCAUUUGGGCAUUUAUAAAGCAAACACACUUUUGUAAUUCUCUACAUAUGGAAUUCUUAUAUAGGAUGGUUGUUGGAUUCAUCCUUGUGUUUACAUUUUUUAAUAUCAAGGGACAGAAUACCAAAUGUCCAAUGUCUUGCUAUUAUACUGUAAGGGUGCUAGGCACGCUGGGAAUCCUGACUGUGUUUUGGGCUUAUCCUCUCUCUAUUUUUAAUUCAGACUAUUUUAUCCCUAUCAGCGUCACCGUAGUUCUUGCUCUUCUCCUUGGGAUUAUUUUUCUUACUGUUUAUUAUGGGGUUUUUCACCCAAACAGAAAUAUAAAAACACAGCCCGAUGAAAUUGAUGGAAAACCAGCCCAGAGAGAUUGCAGAAUAAGACAUUUUCUAAUGGACUAAGUUAUGAGUGUAUGAGAAAUGUUUUAUUUUUGUUUCAUUAACUAGUAAAGAAAACAUCUGUUAUA